ACAAAAUGAUACUGUUUGCAACUAUGAACAAUAAUUCUGAUAAAUAGAAAAAAUAAAAUGAAUUCUAGAAUGGCAUAACAGCAGCGAAGAAAAGAAGAAAAUGGUGAUUUGGGCUCUGUUUAUGUUCUGUAUAUCCGGGGGUAGAGGACUGGAUUACUGGGUAGAGGACUAUAUCCAAGAAAAUAAUUGUCUGAAUAAAGAAGUGUUUCAAAACAAUGGUUCUGUUUGUGCAGCAGUGGAAAUACGUAACACGGAUAAAGAUGGAGAAUCAAACAAGGCCUUAAGUAAGUGUAAGGAUGUUUUAUCUCUGAAGCUGUUCGAGAUCUGUAUACAUACAAGGUUAAUUCAGGGGGGCAAUCUUACUUAUUGUAAUAAUGGAGAUUUUUCUUUCCACUGCUGUGCUACAAAUUAUCAAUGUGAAGAUGACUGGAAAGGUUUAACGGAGAGAAAUACGGCCAAAGCUGUCCAGUUUUUGCAGGACAAGGAAACAUUUCUGCAGAGGAAGGUGGAAACCCAAGGUUUUAAGACCUGUCACCCAAUAGUAGGCAACAAUGCAUCUAUUUGCCAUGAGGAUUGUAAAUUAUUUGAAAAUUCAACUUUUAACCGUCAAUGUAAAAGCCGAGGUGGUCUUUUAAAGUGCUGUAUUAGGCGGGAGAAAGUGUUUUGCAACGAAUGCCAAUACUGCUGCACAGUCCCAUUCUGUUCAUGGAAUAGUAGAAACGUUAUACAACUUGCUGGAGAACAUGAUUUUGUGGAGGAGGACAUUUAUGCACCGAUAGUGGAGACUAAACCAGCUCCUCUAAAGGUCGGAGUGCAAGCAGAGGAUAUGCUAAGUUCUCUAAAUCUGUUUUAUAAAGGAGGCUCAGACACGAGAUGCCUCAAGCCAGAUCAAACAAAGAAUUCAAGUGAAUGGGAUCAUUAUUUACCAGAGGACUUUGUUAAAGCUUUAGAUGAGAAAGAUCUAAGAAAGGCUAGAGUUAUUAAAUACGACAACAGAUAUUUAAACUUUGAAGAUCCUGAAGUGUUUACUGGGCUGACAGGAUUGCACUAUGAGAGCAUUAUGAAGGAAACCUAUGGAUUUGAUUUUGUCUCCAAGUCUCCAGCAGGGAGUUUCAGGAAGAAGGAUUGUUAACGGCAGAAGCGUGUCUGCUCGAAUAAUGUGUGGACAAUUUA